CCCGCCCUCCCCCCGCCGGUACCGCAUUGCCGUACUGCAGGGGCGCAGUGCAUUGCGCCCGCACCGUCAAUAGGUGGACCCCCUCCUGGAGAGAUAAAACCGCCGGCGCCGCCGCCGCCAGUCCCUCUGGCUGAGACCUCGGCUCCGGAAUCCCUGCUCAACAGCCAAUCGCCCUGAGCCAGAGCCCCAGUCGUGCCAGCCCCUCUCCCACUAGGGCAAAAUGGGCAAGGAGAAGACGCACAUCAACAUCGUGGUCAUUGGCCAUGUGGACUCAGGCAAGUCCACCACAACAGGCCACCUCAUCUACAAGUGCGGGGGCAUUGACAAGAGGACCAUUGAGAAGUUUGAGAAGGAGGCUGCUGAGAUGGGCAAGGGCUCCUUCAAGUAUGCCUGGGUGCUGGACAAGUUGAAGGCAGAACGGGAGCGCGGCAUCACCAUCGACAUCUCGCUCUGGAAGUUUGAGACCACUAAAUACUACAUCACCAUCAUCGACGCCCCGGGCCAUCGCGACUUCAUCAAAAACAUGAUCACUGGCACCUCCCAGGCGGACUGCGCGGUGCUGAUCGUGGCUGCAGGUGUGGGCGAAUUUGAGGCGGGCAUCUCCAAGAACGGGCAGACCCGAGAGCACGCGCUGCUGGCCUACACCCUGGGGGUGAAGCAGCUCAUUGUGGGCGUCAACAAGAUGGACUCCACGGAGCCCGCCUAUAGCGAGAAGCGCUACGACGAGAUUGUUAAGGAGGUCAGCGCCUACAUCAAGAAGAUCGGCUAUAACCCAGCCACGGUGCCCUUCGUACCCAUCUCUGGCUGGCAUGGAGACAACAUGCUGGAGCCUUCACCCAACAUGCCGUGGUUCAAGGGCUGGAAAGUGGAGCGCAAGGAGGGGAACGCAAGCGGCGUGUCCCUGCUCGAGGCCCUGGACACCAUCCUGCCCCCCACACGCCCCACGGACAAGCCCCUGCGCCUGCCUCUGCAGGACGUGUACAAGAUUGGCGGCAUUGGCACUGUGCCCGUGGGCCGAGUGGAGACGGGCAUCCUUCGGCCGGGCAUGGUGGUGACCUUCGCACCAGUGAACAUCACCACGGAGGUGAAGUCGGUGGAGAUGCACCAUGAGGCGCUUAGCGAGGCCCUGCCUGGUGACAAUGUCGGCUUCAAUGUGAAGAAUGUGUCUGUCAAGGACAUCCGCCGUGGCAAUGUGUGCGGGGACAGCAAGUCUGACCCCCCUCAGGAGGCUGCACAGUUCACCUCUCAGGUCAUCAUCCUGAACCAUCCAGGGCAGAUCAGCGCCGGCUACUCGCCGGUCAUUGACUGCCACACAGCGCAUAUCGCCUGCAAGUUUGCCGAGCUGAAGGAAAAGAUUGACCGUCGUUCUGGCAAAAAGCUGGAGGACAAUCCCAAGUCCCUCAAGUCCGGCGAUGCAGCCAUUGUGGAGAUGGUGCCUGGGAAGCCCAUGUGUGUGGAGAGCUUCUCGCAGUACCCACCUCUAGGUGAGAAGGAUGUUUGAGGAAGGUGCAGCCAU